AUGGAAAGUGAUAACGUAAAAAGUGCAGGUGCUGGUGAUAAAAACAUUCUAGGAGCAGGCGACAAUGAAUAUGCUGAAAGAAGAAAAAGAAACAAUAUCGCUGUUCGUAAGAGUCGCGACAAAACAAGGCUUAAAAAUAAGGAGACGCAGGAAAGAGUUGAGCAACUUAAGUCUGAAAAUGCAAAACUGGAAGAAAAAGUGAAACUGCUAUCAAAAGAAUUGACUGUUCUCAAAGAGCUGUUCCUUGUACAAGCUAAAGAUGUACCCGAUCCAAGCACAACGUACGCAUUAUGCAAUGCGCAACACAAUGUUGACAAACAACCUUCUCUUGAAGAGCAAGAUUUUCAAAUGGAGACAGUAGAUGAGUCUACUGCCCUCAAGGAUCACCAGUACUCAAGGGGGUCAUCUUCUUGA